AUGGAAGAUGACAAAGUAGCCCGCGCGACCCCUGCGCAGGGUGACUCGGAUGAAGAAGAAGAUAUGCCAGACUAUCGCGUUCUCUCAGCGCUGUCUUCCAAGCACCUGUCGGCUGGCGGCAUGUCAACGGAUGCUUCCGCGCCAUCUAUUCCCAAGCGUGGAGAAAAGGAUUUCGAGCCAACCGGAUUCGGUGGUCAGACCAAGGUCUUGGAACAGAGCCGACAUGCACUAUUCACAACGAUCUCUCUUCCUCGUGCUCAUUCUAGCAAGACUCUAUGUACAGCCACUUGGGACCCACACUUUCAACGUGCAUUUGUGCAUGCGCAACGAGGUCAAUCGUGCACGCAUAUGGGCGUUUCACAGCGUCGACGAGUGGAGAGUGGGCAAAAACAAACAUGCUUAGAGCUCUUCCCCGAAGAAGCCAUCUAUCUGAUCGAACGUGGCGCGCUGGACUGUCGCUGGACUCAGACACCGGGCACUGUACCCUCUGCUGACGCCUUCCUGUCUUGUAUACCCAUAUCGGUUUCUCAAGCCUUUUCUCACUUGAUGGGUCAAGAAGGCUGUACCAUGGCACGUUAUCAAAUUUACGCAUACCUCAAGCGUCUUGGAUACAUUGUACAGCGCGCAUCGCUCGUGGAUCAAUUACGUGCCCCAGACCCGUCCAAACUGUCCACACCAAAAAAGAGCGUACUUGUGGGGCUUUUGUUAGGCUGGUGGCGUACAUGCACACGUAUUUGUUCCAUGAUAUAUCAAUUCCUUCGAUGGUGUAUCCGAAAAUUAUGCACGAGGCAACGUGGUCUACUUGGCAUCUCCGCCACCGAUUCAUUCGAUACUGUAUUCGACACGCUGCGGAUUGUAGCAACAGAUGAACCAAAGUCACCAACAAAGCUCGUCCAGGAUGAAUCACUCCAGCCUUUCUUUUAUGCGUGGCGACCGGCAUCACACUUCAAGCGAACACAUCCGCCACCACCGGAAUUCCGCAUAUGCGUUCUCGAAACGGACCAACAUCCCAUGCUAAAUGGACACGACUUUGAUACGCUCUUCUCGCACAUUCCCAUCCCUUCAUCUACAGGCUCACAAGGCGAUGACAGGGAACUUGCAGAAGUCCGUGCACAAAACAGGCGUGCAUAUGGCAAGCAACGAACUGCCCGCGUACCACCGGCCACCACCCGCAACCCGUCACGGCUUCGUUCCUUGAUUUCGCGUCUUACUUGGAUUCUACAUGUUCUGCAAACGUUUCUCUCGAAAUGGGGUAUCUCUUGUGCCAAGGUCAAGCAGACGCGUACCAACGUGUACAUUCCUUUGAAGGCGGGUCGUCGAAAUGUCGUGGUUGCCAUUGUAGACCAAGGGACCAUGUCUCUGUUGCGCUUUGGUGAAGCCCAGUUCAAUGAAUGGCGCCUCGCAGGUCAUGUUCCUUAG